AUGAAGAUCACAUUUAUUUUUGGUUUGGUAAUUUUUGCUUUGGCCUCCGGUAUAGCCGUUGAAAAAUGGCAUACCAGCGAAGAUGGCAGCCGAUUUUUUAUUGAAACGGAAAAUAAGUAUAAUUGGUAUGCAGCCUGGAAUGAAUGUGCCCGCAAAAAUAUGUCACUUAUUGCCAUUGACACCCACUACAAACAUUUGCAGAUCGAUACACUGAUUAAAAAGAUCUUUGCUCGAUGUCCAUCAUUUUGGAUUGGUGGUCAUGAUAACGCCAUCGAUUUGCGUUAUGAAUGGGCAUCGACGGGUGAAAUUUUCACCUUUACCAAUUGGGGCCAGGGUCAGCCAGAUCGCCUUGGCAACAAUGAACAUUGCAUUUUAAUUUGGCAGAAUACCUGGCAAUGUGCAAUAUUUACAUCCGACGACGAUAGUGAAGUCUAUCAUAGUUUUAAGUAA